CUUCCUCGUUAGCUUGUUGGCGGGGUGCAGCCAUGCUUCUACCCCAUGGGAAAGAUGCUUCUUACCCCGUCUUGUCGUCACGACAUCUUCUCCGUGCGGGCCGGCAUGUGGCCAAUGACGAGGCAGAAACGCCGCUCCCCCGACAUCGAUACAUGUCAACCCAUGCCAUGUCGGUUCGCAUGCAGAGCCUGUCGAUCACUUGUCGGAGAUCACGCUGAGGUAUAAGAAAGCUGCAGCUCGCAAGUCGUCGCAAAAAACAGCCUCAUUAUACUGAAACUCCCCCCCACUCCCCCUCUUGUCAGACUCGUCAUCUCCCCAAUCUCACUUUCCACCCCAAACAUGACGGGCCCCGCGAGACCGUGGUGGAAAGACGGCGUCGUGUACCAGAUCUACCCCGCCAGCUUCAAGGACUCGAACGGUGACGGCAUAGGCGACCUAAACGGCAUCAUCUCCGAGCUCGACUACAUCCACUCCAUUGGCGUCAAUGUCGUCUGGGUGUGUCCCAUGUACGAUUCGCCGCAGGUGGACAUGGGCUAUGACAUCCGCGACUACGAAAGCGUGUACGCCCCGUACGGCACCGUGCAGGACAUGGAGCGGCUGAUUGCCGAGACUCACGCACGGGGGAUGAAGCUGGUGCUUGAUCUUGUUGUCAAUCACACGUCUGACCAGCACGCAUGGUUCCAAGAAUCGCGCUCCUCAAAAGACAACCCAAAGCGCGACUGGUACAUCUGGCGGCCCGCACGCUACGUCGACGGCCAGCGCAAGCCGCCCAACAACUGGGUCAGCAACUUCCUCGGCAGCGUCUGGCAAUGGGACGACACCACGGAAGAGUACUACCUGCACCUGUUCUGCCCGGAGCAGCCAGACCUGAACUGGGAGAACCCGGAGACGCGCCAGGCCAUCUACAAGUCGGCCAUGGAGUUUUGGCUGCAGCGCGGCGUCGAUGGCUUCCGUGUCGAUACGGUGAAUAUGUACAGCAAGGGCGAUAUGCGCGAUGCGCCUAUUACGGAUCCUGGGUCCGAAUGGCAGCCUGCUGGCCUGCAGUACUGCAAUGGUCCGCGCAUGGCGGAGUUUCUGGCCGAGAUGAACGAGGUGCUAGCGAAGUACGAUGCGAUGACGGUAGGCGAGUGUCCGCACACGCCGGAUAUGAAGCGCGUGAUGCAGUAUGUCAGCGCGCGGGAGAAGCAACUGAACAUGGUGUUUCAAUUUGAUGUAGUCGACAUCGGCCAAGGCCCCUACAAGUUCCAAACCACGCCCAGAAACUACACGCUCCCGGACUUCAAAGCCGCCAUCACCCGCACGCAGGACCUGAUCCGCGCGCCCUCAGACGGCUGGACCACCGUCUUCCUCGAAAACCACGACCAAUCCCGCUCCAUAACACGCUUCACCUCGGACCUACCGCAGCACCGGAUCCCCGGCGGCAAGAUGCUCAGCCUGAUGAUGUGCGCACUAAGCGGCACGCUCUUCAUCUACCAGGGGCAGGAACUCGGCAUGACAAACUUCCCGGACACAUGGGACAUGAGCGAGUUCAAAGACGUAGAUUCAAGCAACUACUACAAGAUGGUCGCGCGGCGCACAAACAACGACCCCGCGGCCCUGAAAGCCGCAUAUGCGUCGCUGCAGCACCUCGCGCGCGACCACGCCCGCGUACCCAUGAGCUGGUCCACAGCGCCGUACAACGGCUUCUCGCCCCCCGACGCGACGGCAAAGCCGUGGAUGCGUCCGCUCGACGACGCGGAUGUGUGCAACGCGGCGCAGCAGCAGGGCGACAAGGACUCGGUGCUCGCGUUCUGGAAGCGCAUGCUCGCGCUGCGCAAGCAGUAUAAUGAUCUGCUCGUGCACGGGCAGUACGACGAUUUGAACGUGGGGAAUCGCGACUUCUUCGUGUUUAGCAAGACGUGGGAGGGGCAGAGGGCGCUGGUUGUUUGUAAUUUUACUGAUGGGGAGAAGGCGUUGGUGUUGCCGCAGCAGAUUGCGGGGGCGAAGAGGGAGCUGCUGGUUAGUAGUGUGGAUGGGCCGGUUGAGGAGCGGUUGGCGGCGUUUGAGGGGCGGGUGUAUUUGCUAGCUUAGGGGGGAUUUGUAUAGACCAUGGAUGAUGCAUGUGGAGAGGCGUUUGGGGGGGUAUGAAUUGACGAAUCAUGAUUUGGUUGAGAUGGACCGAAGGAAAGACUAGGCAUAGAAAUGAAACCAAAGAGGGAAAGAU